UGCCUCCAUUCAUCCCAUCCCGAGUCAGGCAGCGCACAGCAACGUUCACUACACAAUGCACUUUACAAGUACCUCGUCUCUCCCACGCACGCCCAUCUCCCUCCCUCUCUCCCCGGCAUCUCUCAGCCAGUCGGCAGCUGACUCAGAUACCUUCGCCCACACAGCACGAAGCACCGCUCCUCCAGUGCAGCGAACUUUGCCCCAACAAACUCUGCAAUGACGGGGUGUGAGGGCUCCAGUGCGGCCUCCCUCUCGGCCUGCUGCCUCAGCCGCUCCAGGCAUCUCUGUUGGCACUCGGACUGCAGCUGCGAGAAGUGCAUGAUCUGCUGCACCAUGAGAGGAGGUGCCUUGGGCGCGUCAGACACGGCCUGCUGCAGCUCUGCCAGGCUCUUGGGACGCAGCACCUCCAGAAUGUCGGGGGGACAGUCACUGCUGCUGAUCUCGGCAGCCGCUGGUGAAGAUCUAUCGACUUCGUUCACCAUGGUUGAUGAUACAAAGAGAGGGAAGCAAGAAGCGGACGAGACUCAACGCAAUGCGCAGAUCAGGACUUGCAGCGGCUAACAGAAAGGCUUAUUCCGACGCCCUCCCUCCUCGUCAUCGUAUGCAAACUUUCAACGGCUGCUUACAAUCGUGGUGGUUUGUGCAGCGCGUAUGUGUGUAUGGGUGUGUGCAGUGCGUAUGACCUUCACUGUUGACCGAGCCAGGUUUGAUUGUCUUUCGUCCGACCGACAUCACCCUCUCACUCACGCACACAUUCGCAGCCACGCACGAGCCUCCCCCCUUGAAACCGACGCAGGCACGCUAUAGUCAGUGACGCAUAACCCCCCUCCCCGAUCUCUCCUUCCUCUCUCCCCCUCCCUCGCAGUCACACAUGGCACCGAACAAACAGUGAGCCCAAUGCCCUUCCUCCCCCAUUUGACGCAUACUGUCUGUCAUUCUCUCGCUGGCGUGUUCGGUGGGUCAUAUUCACUGCUGUUUAUCAGGCGCACACAUCACACUCACACACACUCCCUGUGCAUCACAAGCAAACAGUCGGACAGCCAGGCGUAUAAGCCAAGAAGUCGAGAUGUGUCCACCGGCCGGCCACCUCGCCAGCGUGACACCAUGG